AUGUGCUCGCAAUACUUCUACAAGUAUGACUGCGGCUGUACUCACCCGGAAGGGGAUGUUGUCUACUGCGCAAAGCGAGGAACAUCCUGCACUGGCGUGAGACAGCAAGUCCGACGCCGUGAGGGCUACAACUGCCCUGCUCAUGGUGAAAGGCCGGGGGAUCGUGGCACCUCAACCAUCGUCUUUCAAAUAUGUGCUUCCAGAAGCACAUCGAGCCCAGCCUUUGACAAUACUACAGUGCUACGACACUCGGGUUCCUCCUCGAAUUUUGUAUUUUUGAAACACUUCGAUGUUUUCAAGCGAUCCAUUUUGGAGAUCACGGGAGCUUAA